CAGGAGGAGGCUCAGUACACUGGGAGGAGGAACAGCACAUCCCACUCACCAGGACAGCAGUGUUUGUGAGCAUUUCUAGAAUCCAAGAUCUUCCCACAGAACAAGGGACAGAGCAGGCAUCAGACACCAUGGAAUCCCCCUCAGCCCCUGCCCACAGAGGACUUGUCCCCAGGCAGGGGCUCCUGCUGGCUGCCACACUCUUCACCUUCUGGAGCCUGCCCACCACUGCCCAGCUCACUAUUGAAUCAGUGCCACGCAAUGCUGCCGAAGGGAAGGAUGUGCUUCUCCGUGUCCACAACCUGCCUGGGAAUCUUGGAGGCUAUGCUUGGUACACAGGAGAAAUAGUGGACAGCAACCAUAAAAUUGUAUCAUAUGUAAUAGACACUCAAAAAAUUACCUACGGACCUGCAUACAGUGAUCGAGAGAAAAUAUAUCCCAAUGGAUCCCUGCUGUUUCAGAACGUCACCCGGAAGGACACAGGAUACUAUAUCCUACUAGCCAUAGACAAAAAUUUUCUGAGCAAACCAGUAACUGGACAGCUCCGUGUAUACCCGGAGUUACCCAAACCCAACAUCACAAGCAACAACUCCCUCCCUGAGGAGCACAAGGACCCUGUCGUGUUAACAUGUGAACCUCAGACUCAGGACACCACCUACCUGUGGUUGAUCAGCAAUCAGAGUCUCCCAGCCAGUGCCAGGCUGCAGCUGUCCAAGGACAACAGGACUCUCACUUUACUCCCUGUCACAAGGAAAGACACAGGACCCUAUGAGUGUGAAACCCGGAACCUCGUGAGUGCCAGCCGCAGUGACCCAUUCACCCUGAAUGUUGUCUCAGAACAAAACUACACAGGCUACUCUGUGGGGACCAUCGUUGGCAGCGUGAUCGGGGUCCUCGUCGUGGUGGCUCUGGGGGCCUCCCUGAGCUAUUUCGUGUACCUCAGGAGGACUAGGAGGGCCAGUGACUCCGGUGGCCUCCGAGAGCACCCACCUCCAACAGCCACAUCUGGCCAGGGUCCCUCUGGAACCUCUGCCUUCCCGGGCCCCCUACCCGACUCCAAGACAACAGGCCCCAUCUAUGAGGAAUUACUCAACCCAAACACAGAGGUGUACUGCCGCAUCAUCCCCAGAGCAGACGUGGCUUCUUAGUUCCUCCAGGACCUGAGACCCCAGACCCUGUGUAUGUGGCUUGUGCCAGAGA